AUGCUGGGCGAAUCUCGGCUCAUGGCUUGCCCGACGAAUGUGGACACUAUUCUGGUCGCACACGUGAAGUCCCGAUCCUCGUCCCAGAAGACAGUGUCUUCUGCUCAUUCAGACAGCGACGGCUUCACCAGUACUCUGCAGGAUCUAAUCUCUUUCUGUAUCACGUGCCGACUGCUUGAAACCGGAGCUUGGAUUCAUGUUGGAGAAAACAUGGAAAACCUGCUGGAUGCGCGUUGCAUGGCAGAACAGAAGCAGAAGGGCCGUCUUCACGUAAAUGUUCCUGGCGUGUCGCUAGCAGUCACGUUAAUGCCGACAUCGCGCUCUCAAGCCGAGAAGCAAGCAAUCACCGUUUCGAUAAAGGCCUACCCGUUCGCCGCCAGGGUUCUUCGCUUGCGUGCCGAUGCAGAUGGCUGCAUUGCCGGCAACACAGUAUUCUGUCUUCCGCGGCUGGCCGUGCCAGCAAUCGCGAAGGGGCUCGCUUGCCCCACAGAGCUGACUGCUCCUUUCAAAACACCAGACGACUUUAACAAAUUCUGGCUGCUGCAGCAUGGAUACAAGCUCCCUGCAGGCGCAACAUCAGCUAUCGUUAAAGUAUCAUUUGGCCACUUUACGCUUCACUAUCCCAUUGGUUGUUGUUGGCAGUCGAAGCUGAUCGAACU